UUAAUAGAACACUAUAAAAUACAAGAACUUUAACCUAAAUAAUCAUUCUUCGUUAGUGAAAGAAACAAAAACUUAGAAAAUGGCUUUCAAGGCUGUUGCCAUCUGCGCUUUUGCCUUUUUCCUCCAGAACAUCGCUGCUCAAAGGAGCUGUGGUUGCCAAUGCCAAUCCAUCAGCAUCCCUAGCAGCGGCGGCGACCUGCUCAUCACCGCUCUCGGCCCCAUUACUCCAUCCGGCAUCGCCGUGGCCACGGACCUGGGCCUGUCCGGCGACCUGGACCUGUCCGGCGCGCUGCCGUACCUGAGCGCGGUGGCGUUCGAGGGCCAGUUCGACACCAGCGGCUCGGCGCCGGUGUGCUACGGCUGCGGGGACAGCGUCGCCAUCACGCAGCAGAUCAGCGGCUCCAGUGGAUGCGGAUGCGGCAGACGCUAAGUCCCAUUACAUAUUGUAUAAAAUACAGUAUAAACAUGCAAAUAUAAAAUGAAUUUCUCAUUGCUUAUAAAUUGUCUUCUUAAUUAACACUAUAGCAGUUUGCAUUUGGGUUUUGUGUUCUUAGAAGUAAUUUUACAAUAAUUAUAAUAAACGGUCUCCUAGCCUA